UAUAGCUUACAGUUGUGUAAUAUUAGUUACAAACAUGAGUUUCUCCGGUAAAGUAGUGCUCAUUACUGGCGCCAGUUCUGGUAUUGGAGCGGUAACUGCAAUACAGUAUGCGAAAGAAGAAGCUGACGUCGUCAUAGUUGGUAGAAACGAAGCGAAAUUGAACGAUGUUAUUGAAAAGUGUAAACAUGUUGGUAAAGCACCGUUUGUUAUCAAAGCGGAUGUGUCUAUCGAUGAAGAUGCAAGAAGGAUUAUAAAUGAAACAAUCAACAAAUUUGGUAAACUCGAUGUGUUAAUCAACAAUGCUGGAUUCACGAAGUACGGAUCCAUUUUGGACGGGACUGUUGUGGACGCGUAUGACAAGAUUAUGGGUACGAACGUGCGAGCCGUCAUUCAACUAACAACAUUGGCAACGCCACAUCUAAUUAAGAGUAAAGGAAACAUUGUAAAUGUAUCGAGUGUCGCUGGUUUCGCCGUAAGAUUGGUACAACAAAACGCAUAUUCUCUGUCUAAAGCUGCGGUUAACCAUUUCACGAAAGGGGCUGCUUUAGAGCUGGCGUCCUAUGGAGUGAGAGUGAACGCUGUGAGUCCAGGACCGGUGAGAACUGAUUUCUUGGAGAACGCCGGAAUUAAAGACACGUGGGAUAAUUUCCGGAAUGGUGUCGCACUCCGGAGAAUAUCGGAGCCUGAGGAGAUAGCUGAUGUGAUUCUUUAUUUAUCCAGUGAUAAAGCUAGAGGCAUAACUGGCUCAAAUUUCCUUGCUGACAAUGGAAGACUCUUAUUAUAAUGUAAAUAAUAUCGGAAAUUUUACAUACCUUUUUAUCGGUUUGAAGGGUGGGAUAUGGCAGUGAAUUUACAGGGUGCAGAGGAAUAACACCUGAGUCCUCAGGAAUGGCACCAUCCCCCAUGUAUACGCUUCAGAGGGAUAUUUGUACAAAAGUCGACUGUAUGGAUACUGCCAUAACCCACUCGUGUUUUUGCCGUGAAACAGUUAUGUUUACGUGGCUGAUUCAGGUUUGAAGGGUGUGAUAUGGCAGUAAAAUUUCAGGGCAUGGAAGAAUAACAUCUUAUUUCUCAGGAAUGGCAAUGCAUGGAAGUAUUAUGGACAAAACAGUAUACUCUGUUAUAUCCAUGGUACUGCUCAUGUCUAUAGGUGACGGUUACCACUUUCCAUCAGGUGAACCGUCAGCUUGUUUGUCAUUCUAAGUUGCAUAAGAAAUUCCUUUUUAUUUUAUUUAGAUUAUUAAGUAUUAAAUGUAUAAAACUAAGUCCAAUUGGUUACAUAACUAAAAAUUCUUCAACAUUUAAAUUUAAUAUAAAAUACAACGAGAAUGUCUAAUCUUAAUUGGAAAUACUUGGACAAAGUCUUAAUAAUGAUUAAUUAAUUAAUUAAUGAUGAUUGUAGUGAAAUAAUGUGUCUUAACAUCGUUUCAUCUCUUGCUAUUAUUUCUUAUAGAAAGAGUCCAAUGUCCGUCCAUAGCGCAAUAUAUUAUAUUAUGUAAAUUGUAAUUAUUUAUUUGUAUUUGAAAUAAUCUGAUUGCGUAUUAAAAAGUAAUAAAAGCCUCAUAA